CCACGAACAUGAGGAGGAAAAUGCCUUUGUCGGCGCCGAAAAGUCCCACGUGACCGCGAUUCUGAAAUCAAGAACAUGAGCGAGUUACCGAAACGCCCCUCCCGAUCCAACCAAAAACAAGAGACACAAUCAGAUCCAUCUGGAUUAGACUCUGGCCGUCCUCCUCCUCCCCUUUGCUCGAUUUCACACACACAGGACUCAAAUUCGUUUUCGAGCUUUCUUCUUGGCCGCGCUUUCGUUUUCGUUUCGCUGGCGAGUUGCCCAGCAGACAUAUACGAGCAUUGCUGAGCUGUGGGCCGGUUCUGGUGGUGUGGACCUGAAAGACUCGAUCUUGAAUCGCUCGGCACCACCACGGCUGCGGUAGCUUCCCCCGACCUUUGCUUGUUGGUAGUUUUCUCCCAUCUCCACACGACACUGGUGCGCAUUGCAUCUACUGUGGCUCUAGUUGGAGCGAAUGGCGAGGCUGGCGGCGGGGCUGCUGCUGGCCGCGGCGGCGGCGGCCGUGCUGGUGGCGGCGGCGGAGGGGCUGGGUGUCAACUGGGGCACGCAGGCGUCGCACCCUCUGCCUCCCAAGGUGGUGGUGCAGCUGCUCAAGGACAACGGCAUCAACAAGGUGAAGCUCUUCGAGACCAAUCUGGAGGCCAUGAAGGCGCUCGCCGGCAGCGGGGUGGAGGUCAUGCUCGCCAUCCCCAACAACAUGCUCCACCACAUCGCCGGCGACUCGGGCGCCGCCGCCAGGGACUGGGUCAAGCGCAAUGUCAAGCGCUUCGACUUCGACGGCGGCGUCGUCAUCAAGUACGUGGCGGUGGGCAACGAGCCAUUCUUGGAAGCGUACAAGGGGUCCUUCAUCAAGGUCACCUUGCCGGCGCUGGAGAACAUCCAGAACGCGCUCAACGACGCGGGCGUCGGCGACCGGAUCAAGGCGACUGUCCCUCUCAACGCCGACGUGUACAACUCCCCGGCCAGGAACCCCGUGCCUUCGGCGGGCCGCUUCCGCGCCGAAAUCUCCGGCGUCAUGACGGACAUCGUCAGGUUCCUGGCCAAGAACAAGGCGCCCUUCACCGUCAACAUCUACCCGUUCCUCAGCCUCUACCUCGACGACAACUUCCCCCUGGACUUUGCCUUCUUCGACGGCGGCGGCGCGACGCCGGUGAACGACAAGGGCGUGAUGUACACAAACGUGUACGAUGCCAACUUCGACACGCUGGUCGCGGCGCUGGCGGCGGUGGGGCACGGCGACAUGCCGAUCAUCGUGGGCGAGGUCGGCUGGCCCACGGACGGCGACAGGCACGCCAAGGCGUCCCACGCGCGGCGCUUCUACGACGGGCUGCUGAGGCGGCUGGCGGCGAACCGCGGCACGCCGGCGAGGCCGAACCGGCACAUCGAGACGUACUUGUUCGGGCUGGUGGACGAGGACAGGAAGAGCGUGCAGCCGGGCAGCUUCGAGCGGCACUGGGGCAUCUUCCGGUAUGACGGGCAGCCCAAGUUCGCCAUGGAUCUGAGCGGGCAGGGCCGCCGGGACGCGACACUGGUGCCUGCCAAGGGCGUGCAGUACCUGUCGAGGACGUGGUGCGCGGUGAACCCCAAGGCGAGCAGGGACGACCUCGGCAAGCUCCUUGGCGCCAAGAUCGACUACGCGUGCAGCAACGCCGACUGCACGACGCUUGGAUACGGCUCCACGUGUAACGGCAUGGACGCCAUGGGCAACGCUUCCUACGCCUUCAACGCCUACUACCAAGCGCAGAGCCAGAAGGACGAGGCAUGUGACUUCCAGGGCCUCGCGCUGCCCACCCAGACGGAUCCCUCCACGACCACCUGCAACUUCACCAUCCAGAUAGCCACCUCGGGCUCGAGGGUGGCGGCCACACGCCUUGGCAUGGCGACGGCGGUUGCCGCCCUGCUGGUGGCGUUGCUCCAGCUCUCACUGUCAUAGUAUUUGGCAUUCCCGCGGUUGAUUUGUUCACAAGAUCAAUUGUUGUUAAACUUGGUGACAUAUUGUAAUCUCAACCAACUCUCUGAUCUCUCUCUCUCUUGUAGCUAUCUUGUUCUUUCUGUAACAACCGAAUCCUUCUAGAUUGGAUCCUUCCUUGUAACCAACGACAAGGGUUUUGCCCACAAUUAAUAUAAACCCACAACAAGGAUUUCGUGGAUUUUGGAA